AUGACAAGACUUUUCAGGAAUCAAACCCAACAAGAACUAGUCGAGGCCCGAGGAAAAAUCAGCGGACUCGAGACGGAAAUCGCAAGAGAGCGGAACGGAAAGAAGGACAAAGACAUCAAGAUGAGUCGAUUGACAACAGAAAUGGCUCAAAUCGAGGCGAAAUUAAUAGGGAAAAUCGCCGAGACGAAAAGGAAGAACGACGAUCUCGAAGCACAAUUAAGAACUCAAAAUACGGAAGCAAGAGACGGAAAAGCCAAGAUUGGAGAGCUCGAAGGGGAAAUCAACGCGUUGCAGAGCAAGAACUCUGACCUCGAAACCCAAAUAAAUCGCACCAUGAAUCUCUUGGAUCUGUAUCAGGAUGGAUGGUCGUAUUUGGCAAAAACCGCUUCUUGGUACAAGGUUAUCGAACAAAGAAUGUCAUUUGAUGAAGCCGAGGCAUAUUGUGCGAGUCGAAAGAGCCAUUUAGUCUCAAUUCACAGUCAGGAAGAGCACGAUUUUGUUUGGAAACUCGCGAAACCUGUUUCUUCGUAUGGUUGGUUCUGGAUCGGACUGAAGAGAAACCCGGACAAAAAGAAUGCUUUUGAAUGGACGGAUGGAAGUUCGUUGGAUUUCACGAAUUGGGAAGAAAGAGAGCCGUAUUCGGACACCCACGCUUAUCUUCAUAGCUCCGAUGGGAUAUGGCGGGCCUAUUAUCCUACCAAUCAGUAUCCUUUUAUCUGCAAAAGGAGCUCUCAAUUC